AGUGGGUAUCUCACCAUGCUGGCCUGUCUUUGCAACUUUAACUGCGUUCAUAUCAAGAUUUAGGGGCAUCUGUCCUGCCAUUUGUAUUUUUCUCCAUUCAAAGUUUGGCAUCUUGUACCGUUCAUUGAAUGGCCUCCUACGUCUCAAAUUGAAGCAAGGCCUUCUUCUCACUUAUCUCAACCUGGUUUUAACAUCAUGGAAGUCAUGCCCAUGGAAGAAGACGGCGCUGCCUAUUACAGAGCUAAGGAAGUGAAGGAAUUUGAAGAGACCAGAGCUGGGGUUAAGGGCCUCGUGGACUCUGGAAUUGAAAAGCUUCCUAGGUUCCUCAUUCAUCCACCGGAGUCCCUCGCAAACUCUUCCGUUGCUGAUGCUGCCACUACUUGCUUCCGUGUGCCGGUGAUAGAUUUCCAAGGGUGUGAAAGCUCUCGCCGGACAGAGGUUAUCAAGGAAAUUCGUGAAGCGUCAGAAACGUGGGGCUUCUUCCAGAUGGUGAAUCAUGGAGUCCCAGUUCCUCUUAUGGACAACAUGCUUAAAGCAAUCAGAGAAUUUCACGAACAAGAAAGGGAGGUGAAGAAGGAAUGGUAUUCCCGAGACAGCAAGACACGAGUAAGGUACUUCUGCAACGGAGACCUCUUCGUCUCCAAAGCCGCAAAUUGGAGGGACACCUUACUCUUCGACUUCCAGGACGGUCCCCUGAACUCCGAAACCUUCCCACAAAUAUGCAGAGAAACGGUGAGCGAGUACAUUGAGCAUAUGAGGAAACUGAGAGAGAGAGUAUCGGAACUACUGUCAGAGGCACUGGGGCUAAGGGCGGAUUGGCUGGGGAGCUUAGGAUGCAUGAAAAGGGAAUCAUUGGUGUGUCACUAUUACCCGCCUUGUCCCCAGCCACAUCUCACAUUUGGCACCACCAAGCACUCGGAUCCAUCGUCCCUUACAUUGCUUCUGCAAGAUAACGUAGGUGGCCUCCAGGUUCUUCAUCGAGACCAGUGGGUUGACAUAAACCCCGUGCCCGGAGCACUGGUGGCCAACAUCGGAGAUCUCAUGCAGCUGAUCACCAAUGACAAGUUCAAGAGCGUGGAGCAUAGGGUACUGGCUGGACAAGUGGGCCCCAGGGUAUCGGCUGCCUGUCUGUUAUAUCCAAGGGAGAAAUGUAGAGCAUAUGGACCCCUGGAGGAAUUUACGUCCACCAUUGACCCGCCUCUCUACAGGGAAACUACCAUCAGCGAGUACCUCGCUUACUACAGAUCAAAAGGCCUCGACGGCAGCAAGACCCUCCCUCAUUUUAGACUAUGAGAAGGAAUAAUGAGCUGCCACUUAACUACUUUGUCACCUUUUAAUAUACUCUCCAUCUCUUCUUUAUUCACAAUCUGAUGCCUUGCAUUUUAACUUUUUCUUUCCGGCCAACAUGCCUUAGACUCGUAUUAACGCUAGUUUUAAGAUGCCUCAACGCAUUGGUAUAUUUCUAAUGUCAAACUCUUGA